CUGAUUCGUUAAACGUCCAAAAUUUCGGGAACCCACUUUCUCAAACCUCACUUUGGAGCAGUCGAGGACAUUUCUACUAAUAGCGCGUGCAGCGGACAACAUUUUUUUACAAUUUUAUAGUUUUCGUGUUUUUGAAGAUUCUUUCUAGAACUUCACGUGCGACUUGAGCUGCGACGUAAAAUGUAAAAUGGCCGGACCGCGACCGGGUGCCGAUUGUCAGCUGUCAAAGCGUCAUUUCCAGAAAUAUUCUUCUACUUUUAAAAGUCAUAACUGUCAAAAAAUUACUUCACAUCACCACUUGGCCAGAUAAUCCUUGUAACUGAGGCCAUCUAAAGCGAAAAGAGGAAGAAGACUUACUAUAACCUAUAAAUUAAUCACCUAUAAAUAUAAAAAAAAUCAAAACAAUAAUAAUACUCGAAAAUGAGUAUACCUUUGUUUCCAAAUUUGAAGCCAAGAUUGAUUCAUUCAUCUUGGUUUGAUGUAGAUCAGCCUUGUGAUGAUGAAGAUGAAGUGUCUCAGCUUGAAAGAGAACACCAAAGCUGGUUGCAGCAAAUAAAGCAGAGAAAUUCUGAUUUGACUCCUAUCGGCAAAACAGCUUCUGAGAAUAUGGAAGAGGAUGAGGAAGAAGAUGAUGAAGACGACAAUGAUGAUGACGAUGAAUCUGAAACACAUGAUGAAGAGGAAGAAGAUGAAAUUGAGAUGGAUGUGUCACAAGAAAGAAGUUCUCCUGUUGAUGUUAGUAUCAGACUUGUUCAGGGCCAUGGUGUUAGAUAAUUACCUCUCCUGAGGAUAAUCAUUAUAUAAUAUUUUGUCUAGUUGUAUUCCAAAGGUGGAAUUUUUGGAAAUACUUAUAUUACAAAAGAAACAUCAUUAUGAAUACUAAGUGAAACUAAAUUUACUAGUGUAGGUCAUUUCAACUGAAUGUGAUGUGGCAGAAGUGAAAUAUUUAAUAAAUAUACUCCUGGAACUUGUGAAAGUUUCUCCCAAAUAUUCUGAAAUUUUGAUUUUUCAUUGCAUUUACUAAUCCAAAUGUUUGCAUUGCCAAAUUACCAAUAUGGGU